AAGCCGCAGAGAGCCAGUCGCCAGCUCUUGGGAAAUCUGGAUCCAAUCGGGCCCUCGAGACGCUCUUGUCCUUGUUUGUAAAACUGCGAUACAAGAUGGCGGCCUUUGCGCGAACUCUCAACCUCAUGUACCGCAUGGCCAUCCCGGCCUCUGCCGGCGCAUUCCUCAUCUCACAGUCCAUUUACGACGUUCGAGGCGGAACAAGAGCCGUUAUUUUCGACAGAUUGAGCGGUGUCAAGGAGGAUGUCGUCAACGAGGGAACGCAUUUCCUGAUUCCUUGGGUACAGCGAAGCGUCAUCUUUGACGUGCGAACCAAGCCCAGGAACAUUGCCACUACCACCGGCAGCAAGGAUCUCCAGAUGGUCAGCUUGACGCUGAGAGUUUUGCACCGACCAGAGGUCAAGGCUCUGCCAAAGAUUUACCAGAACCUCGGCGCAGACUACGAUGAGAGAGUCCUCCCCUCCAUUGGAAACGAAGUCCUCAAGGCCAUCGUCGCCCAGUUCGACGCUGCCGAGCUCAUCACCCAGCGUGAAGCUGUCUCACAGCGCAUCCGCAGCGACCUCACCCGCCGUGCCGCCGAAUUCAACAUUGCCCUCGAGGAUGUCUCCAUCACCCACAUGACCUUCGGCCGCGAGUUCACAAAGGCUGUCGAGCAGAAGCAGAUUGCCCAGCAGGAUGCCGAACGUGCGCGCUUCAUUGUCGAGAAGGCCGAGCAAGAGCGCCAGGCCAACGUUAUCCGGGCAGAAGGCGAGGCUGAGAGCGCAGAGACUAUCAGCAAGGCUGUUGCCAAGGCUGGUGACGGACUGGUGCAGAUCCGAAAGAUCGAGGCGAGCAGAGAGAUUGCGCAGGCGCUGUCGUCGAAUCCCAACGUGGCGUAUCUGCCUUCAGGAGGAAAGGGUGGCAGCGGCAGCCAGUAUCUGCUGUCUGUAGGCAGGGCGUAAGGAGGAGUGUAGGAAUAAUGAAAGCUGAUGCUUGGAUGGAGAGCGCACCCCGCUCAAUGCUGGGAUAGGGUCAAGGGAGGGGGGUGGGAUCAAUCACGACAAUCUUGUACUUUUAGCUAUAACAGGCCCAAAGGAGCCUUUCAUUGAAGAAGAAGAAAAAAAAGAAACCCAUGCUCUAUUC